GUGUGGGACUGAUACUGCCAUCUACCGACGACGUACUAGAAGUAAUCAGCACUAGAGCAUUACAUACAGUGAUCUAUAUAUGUAGAUUACUGAUUAGAUAGCUGUAAGCGCUGUAAGGUCCGAUAAACUAAAUGUAAAUAAUUCCAGAAAUGAAUUUAGAGACCGGAUCGAUCGUAAAAUAUUAUUUAGGUUUUGACCUUUAAUGUGAGCACUUACAAAGUUAGAUUACGAUGGAAGAUUUUGUGCCAACACGAGUAUCAAAAGCGAAGAAGGACGCUGCAAAGGAGUUCGUAUCGAUUAAUUAUGAGAAACCAAAGAAGAAGAAGAGGAAAUUAGAAAUCGUUGACAGCAAAGAUGAUAAUGAAACGAGUUCUAAAUUUAAUUCAGAAAUCGAUGAUGACGGCAACAGUGCGAGGAGAAAACAGGAACUGGAAAUGAAACGUGUCAGAUACGAGGUUAUGAAAUUCGGUAUGUCUGGUUUUAAAGGACCUGCAGCGGAGGAAGCAGAAGUUGCUUUAGCAGUGAGUUUAGGAGCGAAACCUCCGAAGAGGAAAGGUAUUAAUUAUAAACUACUGAAAGAACAACGGAAACAACAAAAAGAAACACAACAAAAGGACGUGACACUUGUGUCAGGACUUGAAAAGAGUUUAACGAAACAUAAAAAGAAACGGAUUCCAAAAAAAGGUUCGGAUGGCUUAUUAGGAGUUUAUGGGAAAGUAAAUAAGAAGGUAGUGGGCAAAAUGAAAAAAUAGAAUUAUAAUGGUAAAGAUUUAAAAUAGUUUGUUACACUCAUUUCCAG